GAUGCAGUAGUCGACCCACUCCUGGCAGACAACCAGUAUGGAUUCCGGAAAGGACGAUCAACCCUGGACGCGAUCAAUCUGGUUGUUAGCACGGCUAAAGAAGCGAUCGCAGGAACCAGAUGGAAGGGUGGCACAAAGAAGUAUUGCCUGGUGGCGGCAUUAGACAUUAAAAACGCCUUCAAUUCCGCCAACUGGAACUGCAUCAUGCAAGCUCUUCGAGAGGAAAACGUUCCAGAAUACCUGUGUAGAAUAGUGGCCAGCUAUUUCACCGAUAGAGUUCUUAAAUACGACACGAAGAAUGGUCUAAAAGAGUACGAUAUUACCGGAGGUGUACCCCAGGGCUCUGUACUUGGUCCACUGCUGUGGAAUAUCAUGUACGAUGGCCUAUUGAGAUUGAAAUUGCCAAGAAGUGUAAAACUCGUAGAACAACAUGUUCGACAUCACCUUCGAGCGAGUCCAUCGGUGGAUGAAUACGGUAAACCUGCAUCUGGCUACACACAAAACUGAGGCAGUGCUUAUAUCCAGCAGAAAAGUGUUAGAGACCAUCAAGCUGAAAGUCGGCGAACAAGAAAUCACA